AUCUCCAGAUGGUAUCUCCGCCAUUUGAUGACCACCAACCGAGUGCCAUAGGCCGACAACACCUUCAUCUUGGCUCAAGUUAUUACGUUGUCUUCUUGUUCUAUCUAUCAUGUGCAACAGAUCGACAAGGAAGCGAGUGAGAUUUGUCGAACACGAAGUUCGUUUAUUAGUGAAUGACUCUUCAACUCCCCCAGCUUUCAUCUUCUUUCUGCUUUUCUUUUUCUCACUUCUGUUGACCUUGAAAAUCCAACAUUUCCAAACGUUAUCAUUACUUUUUCUGUCCUAUGUUUCCCCCGCUAACUAAUAUACAUCGCGCACGUCUUCUGCUCUUGAUUAGCUUUCGUUAACUUUCAUUCUUUCUUCCCCUUCAUGUCUGACCUUGGUCCACCGUAUGGAUUCGCACUACGCAGUAAUAAUCACUGCGCCGGAUAUCAAGUAAGCAGUGGUGAAACAUUGAACGACGUCCACCGAUGCUGUCCCAAUGGCACCACCUUUGGAAAUGCAAGGGCGUGUUGUCCGGAUGAAGACGACUGUACAGAGGAUAUCACGAACCCACCACACUGCGCUGAUAGAAGCUGGGAUCUUUUCAAUAACACUCGGGACGGCGGAUUCUUCUGUUGUUUGUCGGGGACAAAGGGGUUUUAUUACCGCAGCAAACAGGCGGUUGGUUGUAUAGAUGACUCCGAUGCUCCUACAAACCCCGAAUACCAGAUUCUGUCGACAUAUUCUACUGGCGUUGUCGCAACAUCGACUACAUUCUCGACAAGUGCAUCCAGCACAGCCACAGCUACAUCAGAACCAGAUUACAAUGAAUCAACUAGCCCUUCUACUUCAAAUACGGGCGCUAUCGCAGGUGGCGUAGUUGGUGGCGUUGCUGGGUUAGCAAUCAUUCUCGCCUUGCUUUGGUGUUUCAUGCGUCGCCGAUCACAGAAGCAAGCAUCUCAAGAGGAAACGCCCAUCACAAAAGGACCAGACAUACCGAGCGAGUUGCACGGUCAAAGUUAUGUGGCAGAGCUGGACAGUUCCGCUCGACAAACUGUUCACGAGCUACCGGGAUUUCCAAUGGCUCAUGAAAAGGGCUGACCUGCUUUUUUUUUUAUCGUUUGGUAAAGCUCUAUACCAUGAAUCUUUGUAGAUAAUAUACCAAGUCAAGGCAUUCCAGUGCCUAUUUAUUUCCACUGAUCUCAUCUCUCCCUCCUGCCUCACCGUCCUUCUGAUGAUCCCAUCAUCCAUCAUUCAUCUUACAAAACAGUCAGUCAGUCAUACAUAGUGAUAAUCAUUGCUUUCCAU